GAUCUUGACCCAUACAUUACAUUCAACAUCGACACGUUCACGACCUCGCGUCAGCACAUGUUUACGACCUCUACAUACAUCUCCUCAAUCUCUAGCAAGGUGCUGGUGACGGGUCUCCGUCGGCAAACGAGGAAGAGCUAAAGGCGUAGUGUGUAUUUACAACCCCGCCUAGAGGGAGAAUCCUCAACAUGGAGUCUGAUGCCAAUGCCAUUCAAAUAUGCGUGCGAGUUCGGCCGUGGCAUCCAGAGAAGGAGCAGCCGUUCGUCGUUCAACCCGCUCAACAGGCCUUCUUCCUCGGUGACGGCAAUUUUGCCAUGUCGCCUAGAAGACCUACGACCUCGGGAUCAUUGAGAGAAGUCGUUGAGGUGAUGGACCACCGUCAACUCGAUUUCGAUAAACCUGAACCUGGCUCUGAGACACGGCGCGGUCAACCUGGAGCAAAGCGGUACAAAAACAGAAGAUAUAUCUUCGACCAUGUCUUCCAACGUAAUGCGACACAAGAGGCUGUGUUCGAGAAGACAGCGAAGCCUCUAUUGAGCGGCGUGUUGGACGGUUUCAAUGCUACGGUGUUUGCGUACGGGGCCACUGGAUGCGGCAAGACACACACUAUCAGUGGAACGGCUGAGGAUCCAGGCAUCACAGUGCGGAUCAUGCGAGAGCUGUUUGAGAUGAUUGAAGAAUCCAAGGAUGAUUUCGACACUUACGUAGAGCUUUCCAUGGUGGAGAUCUACAACGAGAACAUUCGCGACUUGCUGGGCGACAAUUUUCCUGCGUGUCCGACCGGUGGUCUCAAAUUGCUCGAGAACGAGAAGGAGCGAGUAACCGUGGAUGGUGUCACUCUAAAACGGCCUGCAUCGGCAGACGAAGUCAUGGCCUUGGUCCUUCUAGGCAACCAGCGACGAAGUACCUCAUACACUGAGAGCAAUGCCGUGUCGUCUCGAUCGCACGCUGUUCUCCAAAUCAACGUCGGUCGCAAUAGCAAGGGUCACGAGGUCGACUUCGAACAAGCUGUCGUCCGACAGUGUACUUCUUCCGCGACGCUCUCAAUCAUUGAUUUGGCAGGCAGCGAACGCGCGUCGGCGACUCGGAAUAUGGGUACACGGAUGAAAGAAGGAGCGAAUAUCAACAAGUCCCUGUUGGCCUUGAGCAGCUGUAUCUCUGCUCUUUGCCAACGACCUAUCGGAGGACGCAGACCUCACGUACCAUACCGGAAUUCCAAACUCACUCGGAUGCUCAAAUUCUCAUUGGGAGGCAAUUGUCGGACCGUGAUGAUUGUCUGCGUCUCCCCAAGCUCAAAAGAUAUCGAGGACACACAUAAUACUCUAGUCUGGGCAGAUAAGGCGAAGAAUGUCUCCACAAAAAUCACUCGAAACACCGCUGGUGUUCAAGUCUCUGUUCAGCAAUACCUUACCACAAUAUCUCAGCAGGAAGCUAGGAUCAGAUAUCUCGAAUCAAAGGUCGAAGAAGGGACCAUGGCGCUUUCCAUGUAUGCCAAGAAGAAGUUGGAAUCUGCUAGGCAAGAUGCCAGAGCCGUCCUGGAUCAUCUACGCAAAGAGUUUGAGAAGGCCAUCCCCACUAUCAUCGAGGGUGCGAAACAAAGAGCAUUAUGGGAUCAAGCUGAGAUGAAGAAUGUGGCAUUGAAAGGGCGGAUGGCCGUGCUCCAGCCGGAGGACGAGGAAGAGAGGACACGAUUGAACGAGAUGGUCGAGAAAAUCACCAACACGUUUUCCGGCAACUCUUCUGUGCAGGCUAUGGUCCAGGACGAGUCAGUGAAGAGCAAGGCGCUGGACGCUCUGUUCAGAUCGACUGCGUCUCGCUCCUUUGGAGACGCUAUUGAGCCACCGGAACAGGACGCUUUCAAACUCAAGGUCCGAGUCAUGGAGCUGGAACUGGCGGCUGCUGUCUCUGCGGCAAGAGAGAAAGGCUAUCGCGAGGGAGCUCAGCAGUUCGCGGAGCAAUUCUCGGCCAUGAUCUCCUUGCUGGCGAGCACAAGCUCGACAAUAAGGGCGCAGACGCAAGCCCUACGGGAACUACCGACAGAAGACAGCCCGGGUUUGGCUGCGGUCAUCGCUCAGCUCGACGACCUCUUGCAGUCCUUAGAGACUGGCAGAAAGUCGAUAUUCGCUACGAACAAAACUUCCCAAUACACCCUGCCAGCGUUACCCAAACCCAAGGCUUUUACCCUGCCACCACCUCGUGUAUCCAUGACGGGCCAAGCAAGCCGUCGACGUUUCUCGAUGGCGCCGGCCGCCCCUCUGCGAUCAGCUCUCAGACCCAGGCGUCUCAGUGGAGCUCCAAUGGGUACGCCCAGCCGGAAGUCUCUACCCUCCCAAGCCGAUUCUCCCGCCAAACGUUCCAGCAGACCCUUCAAGGUCGGACAGGUGAAGAAUCGCACGCCAAAAAAGUCAUUCAGAUGGAAAGACGAAGCUGGAGAAGGUGAAAUAGAUGAUAUCAAAACCGCUCCCAUUGCGCCGAGAUUCUCCAGCUCGGGGGAGGACGCCUCCUUACAGGCGGAUGCGUCCAUUGGAUCAAGCGACGAAUGGAGGGAUGAACCUGACGAUUCGGACAGCGCUCCGCCCAUUCAGAAGAUUGUACCGGCAGCAACAAUACCUCCCAUUUCAGGUCUCAUUGGUCCACCUGUACCGGCUUGGAAACGCGCAAAAUUGGGUGUGAGCUCGUUGGGAAAUCUGACCUCGCUGGACGAAGCUAGAGAGAGUAGCUCAUCGCCGGAGCCAGCUUCUAAAAAGGGCCUGGGCCCACCUGCUCGUUCCACGAAUCGACCACCGCUUAACGCUCGACAUCAAGUUCCGGCCAUCACUUCGCCCUCGAUUUCGACAAUGUCCAAUCUUCUCCGACCGACCAUCGCCUCUCGCUCUCGGUCAUCCAUCAAUGUACGAUCUCAAUCUGAGAUCGAUGGCAAAAACGUGCUAGGCUCGCCGGCUCGUCGAGUUGUGUCGAAUGGACGGAUGCAACCGCCUCUUUCAGCCUCCAAGGCAAAGCGGAGAAACUCAAAAGGACCGUACAUGUCCAAGUCUGAGCGACUAACGUCGAGGACCCCUCUGGACGCAUCAUUGGGCACGUCAUCAAGUGGUCUGCCGGUAUCUCUCACGGUCGACAAACACCACAUUGAUGGUGUACCCUCCAUCAGCGUGUCGGACGAGAACAGAAGGUCAUCCAUGAUGCCUACUGUGUCAUGGAGCAUGCGGUCAUUGAGCGGGAACCUUGGCGCUCCGUCUGGUCCGAGAGCAUCUUUAGCUGUACCAAGCUUACCUCGCGGACCUAGUCUGACAUCGAAACCGUCGCUAACUAGGCUCAAUGCCAUGGGCAACUCGACCCGGGAUGCUGGAGAUACUUCAAGGGCGGCGUGGCGAUGACGCUUGUAGCUGGGAAGGGUUUGAUGUCGAAAGACCUUGUGCAUUAUGAUUUCUACAUCUGUCUGUACAUGAUGAGCAAUAUCGCCGGACUAUGCAAAGGACAUUCAAGGAGCUGGGAAAUGAAACAGCC